ACUACGUCACGACUCUCUUCCUCUUCUGCCAACGCCAUUGUGGGAUAAGGACUGGUGGAAAUGUCGUCCCACAAGACUUUCAGGAUCAAACGCUUCUUGGCUAAGAAGCAGAAACAAAACAGGCCCAUUCCUCAGUGGAUCAGAAUGAAGACUGGAAACAAGAUCAGGUACAACUCUAAGAGGAGACACUGGAGGAGGACUAAGCUUGGCCUGUAAACCUGACCCAUGGAUCCAGCAUCCCUCCAUUCCAUCCUACCAGACCUCCAGCUGCUGGGCUUCACUGUUUAUGGAGGGGGGCUCCAUGUCAUCUGGAGCUGCAGCUGUUUUUGUACAGAUUCUCUGGUUUGACAAUAAAAGAUCUGUGAUCAAGCUAUAA